CCUUCUCGUCAAAGCUCGAAACCGCAAACUUAUCUGUCACACAAGGCGCAGCUCCACACGGAACCUGGCUAGCAGCUAGCUGUAAGUGGACGGGUAGCUAGCGAUCGAGCUAGGUGGCCGCCGGGCCAAGUCGUCCCAGCUUGUUCGCGCGCGCGCGUCCUAUAAAUCUCGGGCCACACCGGGCGGCAGACGGGAAGGUUUGGGCAAAACCAUCACAUUUCACCACUAGCUCAUUGCAAGCUCGCAGCUUCACAGCGAGAGAUGUCGCAGAACGCGGUGCUGUCCGCGAGGUGCGCGGCGUGGGCGCAGGAGCGGGAGCGCCGGCCGUUCACUGAACCGAUCGAGAUCCCGGCGGUCUCUGGCGCGCGGGCCGACGAGCAGGAGGCGAGCCAGGAGGCGGAGGAUCAGGCCGGCGACGACGGGGAGGUGGUGCCGCCGCACGUGCUGCUGGCGCGGCGGAGGGCGGCGUUCUCGGUAUGCUCCGGGCAGGGCCGGACGCUCAAGGGCCGGGACCUGCGGCGUGUGCGCGACUCCGUCCUGCGCAUGACCGGCUUCAUCGAGAGUUAGCCUAGUAGGAUAGUGGCGCGCCCACGCAUGCAUCCAUCCGCGGAUGUAUACCUCAUUGGUUAACCCGCUUGAUUAGCAUGAAUGCAAGGUCCCGACGGUUGAAUAGCACCGUUCGGAUCACUGUCUGAUUGGUUAAUUCCCUUCGUAGAUUGAGAUUGGACAUUUUCCAUCACAAGAAGAUAUGCUCAGUUCAUACUUAAAAAGCUUCUUACCCCCUCGACAUUUCCCGCCGGACGGUGAGCGCCAAUGGUGCAAAAGGCGCAAAAGCACAGGCCGGGUUCAGCAAGAUCGGCGCACGAGUCAUGCCUCCCGGUUCGGUGGCGGUAGCGUCAUCAUCGGCCGCCAUGCCGUGCCGCUGUAUGUUAUCGUCAACCGGAGGGCCAACAGGGACAAGGCCUUGAUGAUCGUCGUGCCCAGCGGGAGGGCGAGGAAGAUGCGCGAGUAGUUCUGAGAAUUUUUGUGAGAAAUGCCCGCUCGUUUCACUUGGAGGAGCAGUUUCGAGUUCACUUUUGCAGGUGUGAGUUGCCGGGACGAGCUGGUUCCUCGGGGGGCGUGGAAUAACUAGAAUGAGCUCAUGCAAUGUUCUUGCACGAAUGCAUGUAUGCAUGCUCACGUUUUAUUGUAAAGACCAUUUUGUAGGAAGAAAGGAAGCUGUAUAGGUUCAGAUUAACUUGGCCCCUUCAGCUACGAGGUGAACAUGAAAACCAAGGAAAUUAUGUUUGUUCA